AUGGCUGAGAUUUCAUCGUUUCAAUCAUUAUGCGCUGUACUAUGGCUCGGAAUUACACGAGCAAGGAAAUUACCACCUUCUAAAACUACAACGUUUCGCACGGCUGUGGAUUGCCGCCACCGGCUGGAGCCGAAGCUGGAGCCACUUUACUUCGAUAACGCUAUACAGAGCAUUCCGACUCUCGCAUCAGCCGGCGACGUGGUGUCGAAAUAUUUGCGCUGGUGCGCAGAGCAAUUAAAUAAGAAUGUGUUGGCGCACGAUAAGGAUACAGUGAGGAAGUUCGUAGAAGAUUGGGAGCAUGACCCACGGUGUUUCCCUUUGGGUAAUUUCGAUGGUACGAUGAUCACAAUGGGAAGUUCUCCUAGAUUUCCAAUGUAUGAGAAUGAUUUCGGGUGGGGUAGACCUGUCGCUGUUCGUAGCGGGCGAGCUAAUAAAUUUGACGGGGAGAUUUAUGCAUUUCCGGGUCGCGAAGGUGGUNCACAAUGGGAAGUUCUCCUAGAUUUCCAAUGUAUGAGAAUGAUUUCGGGUGGGGUAGACCUGUCGCUGUUCGUAGCGGGCGAGCUAAUAAAUUUAACGGGAAGAUUUCUACAUUUCCGGGUCGCGAAGGUGGUGGGAGUGUAG